AAUUAUAAACUAAAACAAAACGUACAAAUUCCAUGAUUCUUAUACUUUUCAUUUUGUCAUUGACAAUUACUUUCAGCGAUGGAAAGGAAAAGAUCAAAUACACAAAAAUUAGCGAGCUUAGUUCAGUAGCUCCGGGACUUGAGAACCAAGUGGACACAAACUUUCAAAACUUGGAACUUUUUGUAGAAUGGAGCAACUGGAGCUGUUGCUCGGCGUGCUGCUGCCCCAAAGCUGUCUGUAAGCAGUUUGAGACAAGUGGGGAUAAAUGCAAGACCGUGAAAUCCAUCCAGCACCGUCGAGGGGAACUCAUGAUCCGACGGAAAGGAGCAACUGAAAAUGGCGACCUGGAGAAGCUCUUGAUGAAUCGGGACACUGCAAAGUUCUCAGAGGCUAUCAGUAUCAGCAGUAUCACCGAUGACCUAGAAAAGAGUAGAAUCGCACUGACCAAAAAGCUCAAGGUCCCUCCUGAGACACUAGAGGUGUUUCAGGCAAAAGAUUGCGCGCAGCACAGUCAGAAGUUGGAUUGUUGGGAACUAGCAAAAUGCCUUUAUAACUCCACGGAGAUGCUCCCAGAGAAGGAGGUGACGAAUGUCGAGGAGCGAGAUGUCUGUGAGAACGCGUCGAUCUUGGUUCUCCGUGACGCUUACAAUAUCCUGAGCCUAAUGCCGGAGCAGUUGUACAGACUGCAAAUUGAUCGGAAAAUUGGUGAUGGGAAUAUAGUAGAUGCGAAUUUCACGUACAAUGGGAAGCCUGUGGAGAAGUUGAAGCGCGUUAAAGAUUGUGAGCAUCAGCCGAAGAGGAUUUUCCAACACCCCAACAGCGAAGACCUGAUAGUGCGACUCAGCGAAGCGGAGCUCGCCGAGAACCCAAAGAUCAUUGCCGUUAUCAGCUAUCAGUCCCCGUCGCAAAUCGAAAUUGCCGUCGACCUGGUGUUGAAAACAAAACAGAAGAGACCAAAUGAAGAUAGAAAACAAGAUGACCACUGGUUUUCGAUUAUUCUUAUCUUGUCGCUGGCAUUGUGUACUCUGAUCAUUCUAGCACUCUCUUUGUUUUUCUUGAGAUGAUGUGAAUAAACAUGAUCUUUU